AUGCGAUGCUGGAAUGUUUCUAUUACUCUAAUUUUAUUACAGAUACCCUAUAACUACCGUAAGGAGUUUCCUUCUGAUCCGAUCAUUGCAGAUCGUUGGACAGAAAAAAUCAGACGCAAUCGAAAUGAUAGCAGUUGGAAGCCCACUAAAAAUACAAAAAUUUGUUCUUUACAUUUUGAGGAUGAAGUAAAGUAUAUUACUAAAGGUGGCCUAUGUAGAUUACGCAAGGGUGCAGUUCCAACUAAGGAUCUACCCGUUUUUAGCACGGAAGAGAAGAGUGAUGAUUUAAGUCAAGAGCAAAAUCAACCUCAGCCGGAAGCCUCAGGUUGUGAGAUGGACAAAAAUGUUAAUCUAAGCGCUUCAAUGACACCUUUAUCUUCAGAACUAGAUUCUAUUUUCGAUUCACCUAAAAAGGCUUCACUACGGAGACAACUAAGAAAAAAGAUCUUGUUGCAACAAAAACACAGUAGAAAGAUUAAGACUCUGAAGCAAAAAAAUCGACGCUUAAAGAAAAGAAAUGCCACUCUUAAAAAUAUUUUAGUAGAAUUACGGAAGAAAAGAUAUAUUAAUAAUGACAUAUCCAAUAUUUUGUCGGAAAAUGUAUUUGCAGCAGAUUUAUACAAGAGCUUAGCUAAAAAAAAUAUGUAA